AUGGUAUUUCAAUUUUUCACGGCUAUAGGUUUUAAUCUUAAUCCCAACAACAAUACAAACAAUAAUAACACCUCUUCCUCUUCAUCUAUUUUUCCGUCUUGUUGUGGGAUUUUUUGCAAAAAAGCUAAACAACACUCUGCCACUGUUAGGGCAACCAAUGCUUGGUCAAACACUAAAGGCGGGGAAAAAAUAGAGGAAAAAGAGGAAAAAGCUGUGAAUGAAGAGAAAGCCAUGUCCUCACCCAACAACCCCACAGAAAUGGUUAUUACAACUGAACCUCAGAAACAACAAAACGGGGCAGUUAAUAAUGAAGAGAAAAAUGAAACUGCGGCGACUAAUGAACAAGAGCUUAUAUUUCGAAGAGAGGAUGACUGGACAGAAGAUGAGAUAAGUAAAUGGUGUCCAAAUGAAUAUGAAAGAAAUUUAGUAAAUCUUACGUGGAGUGAUGAUUUUGAUUUUCUCUAUGAAUUGGGAACUACUAUUUAUACGUAUAUUUUCGACCACAACCCUCAAGCCAAGCUUCUCUUUGUCAAGAUCCACCGUCACGGAGAUGAUUGGAGGCAAAGUGCUGAUUUUCGUACUCAAGCACUUAAAUUUGUCCAAACAAUUUCUUAUGCAGCAAAAAACCUUUAUCAUAUGGAGGAUUGUCUUCAAAUGAGACUUUUUGAAAUUGGGGAAAAUCAUGUAAAAUAUGCCAGUAGAGGGUUUAAACCUGAAUAUUGGGAUAUUUUCCUUGAUGCAAUGGAAUAUGCUUUGACUAACCACAUUGCUUCCACCCCCACACUUAAUGCACAGGAGAGGGCAGACGCUACAAGGGUUUGGCGGCAAUUAGCACAUUAUAUUAUUGUACAUAUGAAAUAUGGUUAUUUGGCAAAAGAGAUCCAAAAUAAUAAAGAAGGGGUAAAAACAUCAGUAUCAGAAACUUCCUCAAUUAAGCAUAGUCAAAGUGAUGCUAUUUUGUAA